CCAAUAUUACGCGAACAGACUCUGCAGCUGCAUGACAAAAUACCGCUUUCCAAGCGUCUUGAAGAUGCUGGGAGGGUUGCGCUUGUUGUUCUAGGCCGCGCGGAUGCCUACGAGGUCUGGCUGGACCUUUAUCUGAACAUGAGCACCUAUCCAUCCGUGGACUUGUACUACGGCACUUACGAUAAGCCUGUAAGGAAUUGCUCUGAUACUCGCCAGCAGCAGGUUCGCAAGAUCUUCUGUACCUUCCUGUCUAACACGACUUGGACAGUGGGGCGUAAUGAGUUGGCAAGGGCCGUUUUUAGGCAACAAAAAGCGAUGGAUACAGUUUACAAAUACUGUAAGCAGCUAGGGAAGCUUUGGCAUGUGCGUCACCUGCUGCACGCCGCAUGCGUGUUUUCCUAAGCGCAACUAUUGCGCACAUGCUGCAGGGUUUUUCGUGGACGAGGACGCUUGGCCCUCCAAGUGUGCACUGUGCGAGGGCCGCGACGACCUCCACAGCUGCUGCUUCGACAUAUUCAUCGAGUACCUGCUGAGGGACACCGUCAACCAUGCGUCAGUUGGUUUUGCUUCCGUUGCUGUACAGCCCGAGUUCCGCUCGCCAAGCGGGCAGCUGUACUUUGGGGCUCCCUUCACUCAGCUUUUCCACGAUUGCGUUGACUCCCAGAUCCAGGCUUUCCAUAUGCAAGCUGUGCCUCUGUUUAUCCCGUACUUUGACCAACUUGAAGACACAAGCUGGUGGGAGAGCCAAGCAUUCCAGUUCUACAUAGCAGCUGGGUGCGUGCCGGGGGCUACCAUUCUGCUCGGAGGCUUCUCAUACGUCAACGAGCACUACGUAAGUCAAAACCCAAAGGCAUGGACGGAGGUGGACAACAGACAGCUGUCGUGUUUGAGAAUGCAAAUUUUACAUGUACUUGUGUGUGAGGAGGGCUGACAUCCUGACAAGCCAGGACCGACCCAUCUGUGUGGC